GAACUCUUUCCCCCGCCUCUCGAAUUUCCACGUUCCACAACAACAGUUUUUUCGAGGAAAAAAAUCCAAAGCUUAGGAGGAAUUCAUGGCGUGUUUCUUACAGGCGCCAAUGGCUUACGCAAUCGUAUCUUCAGCUUCAUCUUCUUCUUCUUCUCGAGCUGUUCGAGUACCAAAGCCUUUGAAGCUCAGUUGCGGAGCUUUGGGUGCCAGAAACGCCGCUAAAAUCCCUAUGCCUCCAAUAAACCCUAAGGACCCAUUUCUUUCGAAGCUAGCUUCCGUCGCCUCUUCUUCCCCCGAAUCGCUUGUUAACAGCUCGGUUAAUCCCGAUUCGCCGCCGUUUUUGGACUUGUUUGAUUCUCCCAAGCUCAUGGCAACUCCCGCUCAAGUGGAAAGAUCAGUGUCAUACAAUGAGCACAGGCCGAAAAGCCCUCCACCGGACUUACCUUCAUUGCUUCUUAACGGUAGAAUAGUUUACAUUGGCAUGCCGCUUGUGCCUGCAGUGACAGAGCUUGUAGUUGCAGAACUAAUGUAUCUUCAAUGGAUGGAUCCCAAGCAACCAAUCUAUAUUUACAUAAACUCUACGGGAACAACUCGUGAUGAUGGUGAAACGGUUGGAAUGGAGUCGGAGGGUUUUGCCAUCUAUGAUGCACUUAUGCAGUUACAAAAUGAGGUACAUACAGUUGCUGUUGGGGCUGCUAUAGGUCAGGCUUGUCUUUUGCUUUCAGCAGGAACCAAGGGUAAUCGGUUUAUGAUGCCUCAUGCUAAAGCUAUGAUCCAGCAGCCUCGUGUCCCGUCAUCAGGGUUGAUGCCGGCCAGUGAUGUUCUUAUACGUGCCAAAGAGGUAUUAAUAAACAGGGACACACUUGUGGAACUUCUGGCCAAGCACACCGGAAAUUCGGUAGAGACAGUGGCCGAUGUGAUGAGAAGACCAUUUUAUAUGGAUGCUAACAGAGCGAAAGAGUUUGGGGUCAUUGACAAGAUCCUGUGGCGUGGUCAAGAAAAGGUAAUGGCGGAAGUUGCUUCUCCCGAGGAGUGGGACAAGAAUGCCGGCAUCAAAGUCAUGGAUGGAUUUUAGUGGCCGGGUGGUGGAUACUAUUCAUUAAAGUUCGUUAGCUAGAUCCAGCAUGCCGCCUACAUAGCGUCUGUAACAAGAGUCCGACUCGGUAGAAAUCAUCUUUCAAGGAGUCUUGAACAUGCAGCAAGGAACACCAUUACAGUGAUACAUUUAGCUGAAAUAUAUUGCAGGUUGAUGGAUAUACUUGAUGAAGAUGGAAAGAUAGGAAUUCUGUAUAAUCUUUAAGAUUGUUGAUAAUUUUACAAUUGCCUUUGCCACCA